CAGCAGCACAGGCCACAACGAACAAAAUGACACGGCGCGCCACAUCAUCGCACAAGAAGUGCGGGCGCCGCGGCGGAGUGACGGCACCCACACGCCCUUAUCACGGCGCGCUGACCCAACCGGUUUGGUGCGAGGGAAAAGCUCUGACCUUGAUAUUAUAAUUGCACAAGUGCCGGUUGGUUCUGAAGACUGUAUCAGAGGGAGUUUUACAGACCUACUUUUACCCAGCUGGAUAAAAACACCCUUCCCUGCUGGGUAUAUAUGCAUGGCUGAGCCAGACACUGGACACAAGCACCGCAGCCACCACACCAUCAUGAUCGCAAAGGUGUUCUUCCUCCUCGCCCUCGUGGCUGCCGCCGCCGCCGAUGGAAGGUCUCGCGAGCGCUCCUAUGGAUCCUACGACUCCUACGAGUCCUACGAGUCUGAGGAGCCCAGGUACGACUUCAACUAUCAGAUCAAGGACUACUACGGCAACGACUUCGGCCACCGGGAAAACCGUGACGGCGACUACACCGAGGGAUUCUACUACAACCACCUGCCCGACGGCCGCCUGCAGAAGGUCAAGUACGUAAUUGACGGCUACUCUGGCUUCGUGGCCGACGUCAGCUACGAGGGCGAGGCUCACUACGACUCUGGCUCCUACGAGUCCCGCGGCUCUGGCUCCCGCGAGUACUACAGGCCCAGGUACUACAGAGGCUACGGUUCCAACGAGUCCAAGUAAACGUUCGUUAAGUCCAAAGCUCCAUCUCAUCUUCAUCGUCAUCGUCACCGCGGCGCCAAACUCACGCACGCCUCCGCCUCGGGUCGCCACCACGCUGGCACUCCUUCCGCCGCCUUCGCUUUCCAGUCAUCACUCCAUGUAGGUUCGAAGCAAUAAAUACUGCAAAUGAA